AUGCUUGGAGAAGGCAAACCAAGUCCUAUUGGUAUACGUCUUCUUUCGGGCACUUUACUAAAAGACUUCAUUCGAGCAGUGAAUACUCCACUUCCUCCUAGUUUUACACCAAGUGAAUUCUCGGACUCGGACAAAGAGGAAGACAACACAAUGGGAGGUCGACCACCUGCUCCAAGAACACUCAAGGAGCUCACUUCUCCAAACAUUGACCAGCAGCCUUUAUGUAUUCAGCUUAAUGGAACCAUUGAGUUGAAGCUGCAAUUGAUUCACUUGCUGCCCAAAUUCAAAGGUUUAGCGGGAGAUGAUCCUAAUCGUCACUUACAACAAUUCCAUCAUGUUGUGACUAGUAUGAAGCAAGCAACCGCAGAUGCUGAUAUGGCUAUGAUGAUAGCGUUUCCUUUCUCCCUUAUAGAUGCUGCAGGAGAGUGGUUCUUUUGCUUACCCUCUGGAAGUAUAACCACAUGGAAUGAAAUGAAGAAGUUGUUCCUUGAGAAGUAUUUUCCAGCAUCAAAAGCAGUAGUGAUUCGUAAGGAGAUAUGUGGUAUUAGGCAAGUACCCGGAGAGACUCUCUAUGAGUAUUGGGAGCGCUACAAGAAGCUUUUAGCUAGCUGUCCACACCAUCAAAUUAGCGAUCAACUCGUUAUUCAAUACUUAUACGAGGGGUUGCUUUCUAAUGAUAGAAAUUUGAUUGAUGCCGCAAGUGGUGGUGCACUUACCAACAAAACCAUUACAGAAGCUACAAGUUUGUUGGAGAAUAUGGCUGCGAACACUCAACAAUUCUACACUCGAGAUGAACCAAUGGUAAGGAAAGUGAAUGAAGUUGGUGAUUCUUCACAUUUGGAAUAUAGGAUGGGUAACAUGGAGAGGAUGAUGCAACAAGUAGCAGCGGCUGUAAUACCAUCAUACACCAAAGAAGUUGAGCAAGCUAGUGCAAUGUACCAAAAUCAGCAACGACCAAGAUAUGAUCCUUAUUCCAGCACAUAUAAUCCGGGUUGGCGAGAUCAUCCUAAUUUCAACUACGCCAACAAGCAAGUUGCAGUUUCUAAUUCUUCUUUCAAUCAACAAGGUGGGUACCAAUUCUUGCAAAGGCCGCAAUAA